UAAAGUUUCAUAUAUAUAUAUAUAUGCUCAAUCAAAUCAAACUUCCUAACUUCAUCUAUGUUGCAGUUACUAGGUUGGAUGCACCGUAAAGCAAAGCAAAACAGCAAUGAGUCCGCAAAGAAUAUCAUACUAGAAAACUCUGCUACUUCCUUCUCAGCUGGCACAUUAUUUGAAGAACAAGAAUACUAUGGAGAAGCAAACUACAGCUUCACAAUCUCAAAGCAACCUGCUUGCAAGGAAGUUAAAAGCACCGAAACAGAAAUGGCUUUGGAAAAACUUUUUCAUGGCUUUCUUUCAAUUGGUACUCUUGGUUCUCAAACAAUAAAAAGUGACCCUCCAACUCCUACAUUUCCUAUGCAUCUUGAGCAUGUAAUUCAUGGUGAAGUAAAGCUAGACAUAAAAGAGAAUGAAUUGAAGCGUAUAAAUGAUGAGCUAGAGAAGUUUGUAGAAGCUGAAGUUGCUCAUGAAUCAUCAGAGAGAAGCAGCCAUGCAAGCAUUAUUACACUCAGUGGCGGAAAACAAUUAAUUGAGGAGGUUGAAUUACCAGAAACCUAUGGUAAUUCUGUUCAAUUCCCACUCCAGAAAUAUCUAUUUGGCUCUUCAGUUGAACUUUCAGAGACAGAAGUUGAGGGAAAGAAACCAAAAGGAGAGCUCCUUAUUAAGAGGAACAACAUAGCGGGAGAGCAUCAUAUAGGAAAAGAUGGAAAAGAGAAGAAACAAACCAAGGGAAGACGUGCAAUGCAUUUUAUGAAGAAAAUGCUGAAGAAUCUCCACUCCAAGUCAAAGAGCUCUACAGAUCCUUCUUCUGGAGAUGUCAAUGAAUAUGUCUCAAGAAAGAGGAAACUCCCUCAGGUCCUAAAAAUGUUAAAAAGGAAAGUUCAUCCAGCUGAGGGAUUAACAGAUAAGAACAAGCCACUAAAGGAUGAGAUCAGAAAGAUUUCCUGCGAAGCUGGUAAACUGGGAGCAAAUGGUGAACUGAACAAAAUGUUUUCUAACGCUUCUGUUCCCACUAAGAUAUUACAUGCUUCGGAAGUAUAUCCAAGUGACAUGGAAUAUGAUGUGUCAGCAGUAAACAGGGAGCAUUGGAUUAAAACAGAUGCUGACUAUUUGGUGCUGGAGCUCUAGAUGGGAAAAUUUAGAAAAAAGAAUGUAAUGCCGAUCCUCUGCAUUUCUACUCCAGGAGCACAAUAUGCGUGCAGUAUUGAGCUGUCAAUUGUGAACAAAAUAAAUGAAUCUCUCCUUCGCUCUACGUGUGUUGCUAAGUUGUGUGAGAAAUGGGUUGUUAUCAUCAAGUUUGAUCUAUUGUUGAUGUGCUAAGAAUUGUUGAGAAAGUAUUCUCAUGCUCUGAUGUUUUCACUAUCACGGAACAUUUCCAAUGAUACGUGAAGAUCCCCAUUGAUUAUCUGUGUUAAAGUUAAAACUUUGAUUGUUAUGAUUAAAACUGUAGUGCAGCAGAUAUAUCAUUCUACCACCAGUAAAUAUGAAUACUUUUAUAUAGUUAGAUCAAGUCCGGAAGGCAUACCCCUUGAACUUUCACAAGAAGGCUGUCAUGGACUUUGUCAAGUCACUUGAACCACUAAAAUGAAAAUAUAUAGUUUACUUAACCACUAAAAAGAUGUAUUUCCUAAUUACCAUAGGAGCUACAUUUCUAAGGCUAACUUUGUAACUUCCGCACAGAAUGAGCAUCAGUAAAGCUGAAUAAAGAUGAGAGCACGCAAAAGAGGCUUCAUAGUUGUACUCACACAGUCACAUCUCAUUCAUCACUUGAGAAAAUUGAUCAAGGAAUAUAUAUAUAUAUAUUUUUUUUUUGAUAAGGAAUCAAGGAUUAUAUAAUAAGUCCUGACUAUUAAAUGGUUAGCAUCCUAUUUAAGUACUGCCCCUUUUUUUGUUCUCCAAUAUUAAUCCACUAGAAACUACUAUCCUUGCACCAUAUAUGUAGCUGUACGAGGAAGAACCAAACUUGACACAAUAAAAAUACAAGGUACAUGGACUGUCCAUUUUCACAAGCAGACAUUAAAUACUGAAUACAAAUCAUGAAGCAUGAAUCUUGACAUAAUCAGGUUGAUACUAUUUUCAAUAAAAUCUCGCCUUAUAAAAAAAAAUAUGAAGCAUGAAGAUGGAUCAUUAGGAACACAUAGCAGCAGACGAGAAAUUUUUUGAAAGCGCCCAACAGAAUACAAUCAGUUUCAACAAUGAAUUUAGUCUUUCCAAAUUCCCUGUUUAGAAACUUAAUGAUAGAGUUGAACACAUUCUGUAUCAUCUAUGAGAAGGAAUAUGGGCCACCACUAGCUUUUUGUAACUUUAGGCACAUGAGUGAAAAUGUAAGCAAAGAUAUUAAUGAUUACAGUUCUAUUAUUACUAUACAAUUUUAUUGUAGCAACAGUGACAUUCACAUGCAUGCAAUCUUGUGAUUCACUAGCCGACUAUUUGGGAACUGCUUUAUUCAAUAUGAUCUGCAGAAACAAUGUCAUUCACAUGCAGCAAAGCAGUGUGUAAUUUAAA